GAGAACACCCUUGAAAAGAACCUAAAGAAACUGCAAUGUCACGUCACCUGGGAGCUAAACAAGGAACAAGCUGACCUCAACCUCCUGGAGAUAAAACUACAUGAAACCCUGGAGGUAGUUCAGGAGGGCUAUGAAGGCAAUCUGAAGAGGCACAGUUUAAACCUGCUGUCUUAUAUUAAACACCUGAAAGGUGAAGAUGAUGGAGCACUGGAAUGCUUAGAGAAGGCAGAGAGGGAAAACGCGAGAGGCUGUGUGUAGUGACGUAUGGAAACCUGGCCUGGGUCUGCCAUCACAUUGGAGAUGACAUAAGAGCAGAAGGGUAUAUUCAGAAGCUGGAGGAGGUACACAAGGCCUCUGCCACAGCAUCCACCUCUGUACUGCUUGUGCCCAGAGAGGUGCACAGUGAGAAGGCCUGGUCCCUCCUCAAGUUCUCAAAGCACCGCUACACAAGGUAUCUAGAUUAAUUAUUUCUCAUGUAUAUUGUAAUAAAAGGCUGACUGCUGACUGUUGGCUUCAUGUACUGUUUAGUCUGAUUUCACUUUUGGAAAUCAAUAACAUCUCCUCUCCUUUCUGUCCAUUUUCCUCCCCUCUCCCUCAUCUACCCUCCCCUCCUCUCCUGUUCUCUCCUCCCCUCUUCUCUCCCCUCGCUCCUCUCCUCUCUUCUCUUCCCUUCUCCUCUCCUUAGAGCCAAGGAGUGCUUUCAGGAGGCUCUGCAAAUGGAGCCUGAAGAUAAGGAGUGGAACUCGGGUUUUGCCUUCUCUCUGUUCUGCCUGGAGGGCCUGGUGACUAGGGAGGGUCAGAGGCUCUCCUAUGAGGACUCCCUUGCUGUUAAACAGCUGAAGAAUGCCCUGGAACUCAACCCAGACAGCGCCAUGACCAGGGUCUACCUGGGCCUGAAGUGCUACAAGAACCGGAGGAACGCAGAGGCCUGGGGCUAUAUGAGGAAGGCUCUGAGUCUGGCACCCUACGACCUCAGUGUGGUACUACAGGUGGGGAGAUGUUUAGACUAAAAAGCAUUGUGAUGCUCUAAGACAACGUCACAUAAUUCUGUGAUGUCUUGGACCUAUAGGUAUUUUGGCUUUAGAAUGCACAGUUUCUGUCUGUAUAUGACUGUCCAGGGUCAUGUGUACUAGUAGGGCAUGCACAGUGUUAUGCAGAGGGCGCCAAUCUCUUCCCGCCUGCACCACGAGAUAGCCAACAACUACCGCUGGAAGGCUAAGCAGAGCAGAGACCCCCACGACCAAACACUGCUCAAACGCUAUGUUAUUCAUCUGGAGGAAAGGGCACGCCUCAAUCCCACACACAUCUACCCACAGGUUAGGACUCACACACACACAUCUACCCACAGGUUAGAGAUACAUACAUGCAUGCUCACACACACACACAGUGAUACACACACACAGGACAGGGAAGCUACACACACUAUUACCACUGAUUUACCAAAUCCAUUCUCCUCUCGACUCUGACCCAGGUGAUAUCCAAAUACUUUAUUCAUCACUGAGUUAUGGUAAUAAUACCGAAACAAAACAUAAUCUCCCCCUAUCCAGCUGGCUGUGAGGUACUCAGAGCUGAAGGACACCAGUAAGGCCAUGGAGAAGUUCCAGGAGCUGUGGUCCCGGUCAGACCUGAAGCCCUCCGACCGCCAGGCCUGGCACCGCAUGUAUGGGGACGUCCAGCUCUACCGCCUGGGCUCUGAGAGAACCGCUGUCAACCACUACAAGGAGGGCAUGAGGCUCUAUAACAUAUCAUCUGAAUGGAGUCAGUGUAGAAGAAAGCUGCUCAAAGUGCUGAGGGUUAACAGGGAGAGGAGAAGAGAUGACCCCUAUGAUCUUAGCGAGUUUGUUGACUCAUUCAAGAGAGGGGUUUUUAACGGGGAGGACGCUAGGGUGUCGGCACUGACACUGGGCCACAGAUAGUCGAUGUCAUCUCCUUUGGGUGGUGGACCAUUCUUGAUACACACAGGAAACUCUUGAGUGUGAAAAACCCAGCAGCGUUGCAGUUCUUAACACAAACCGGUGAGCCUGGCACCUACUACAAUACCCUGUUCAAAGGCAAUUAAAUAUUUUGUAUUGUCCAUUCACCCUCUGAAUGGCACACAUACACAACCCAUGUCUCAAUUGUCUCAAGGCUUGAAAAUCCUUAUUUUACCUGUCUCCUCCCCUUCAUCUACACUGAUUGAAGUGGAUUUAACAAGUGACAUCAAUAAGGGAUCAUACAGUGCCUUCGGAAAGUAUUCAGACCCCUUGACUUUUUCCACAUUCUGAUAUGUUACAGCCUUAUUCUAAAAUUGAUUAAAUCAAUAGAAAUCCUCAGCAAUCUACACAGAAUACCCCAUAAUGACAAAGUUAAAACAGGUUUUUAGAAAUUUUUGCAAAUGUAUUAAAAAUAAAAAACAUAAAUAACAUUUUUACAUAAGCAUUCAGAACCUUUGUUAUGAGACAUGAAAUUGAGGUCAGGUGCAGCCUAUUUCCAUUGAUCAUCCUUGAGAUGUUUCUACAACUUGAUUGGAGUCCACUUGUGUUAAAUUCAAUUGAUUGGACAUGAUUUGGAAAGGCAGACACCCGUCUAUAUAAGGUCCCACAGUUGACAAUGCAUGUCAAAGCAAAAACCAAGCCAUGAGGUCGAAGGAACUGUCCGUAUAGCUCAGAGACAGGAUUGUGUCAAGGCACAGAUCUGGGGAAGGGUACCAAAAAAUGUCUGCAGCAUUGAAGGUCCCCAAGAACGCAGUGGCCUCCAUCAUUCUUAAAUGGAAGAAGUUUGGAACCACCAAGACUCUUCCUAGAGCUGGCCGCCCGGCCAAACUGAGCCAUCAGGGGAGAAGGGCCUUGGUCAGGGAGAUGACCAAGAACACGAUGGUAACUCUGACAAAGCUCUAGAGUUCCUCUGUGGAGAUGGAAGAACCUUCCAGAAGGACAACAAUCUCUGCAGCACUCCACCAAUCAGGCCUUUAUGGUAGUGGCCAGACGGAAGCCACUCCUCAGUAAAACGCACAUGACAUCCCCCUUGGAGUUUGCCAAAAAGCACCUAAAGACUCUCAGACCAUGAGAAACAAGAUUCUCUGGUCUGAUGAAACCAAGAUUGAACUCUUUCACCUGAAUGCCAAGCGUCACGUCUGGAGGAAACCUGGAACCAUCCCUACGGUGAAGCAUGGUGGUGGCAGCAUCAUGCUGUGGGGAUGUUUUCACGCGGCAAGGACUGGGAGACUAGUCAGGAUUGAGGCAAAGAUGAAUGGAGCAAAGUACAGAGAGCUCCUUGAUGAAAACCUUCUCCAGAGUGCUCAGGACCUCAGACUGGGGCGAAGGUACACCUUCCAACAGGACAACGACCCUAAGCACUGUGGUGGAUAUUAUAAAAUAAGGAUUUUCUGGAGUCCAAGUCAAUGUAAGAUUCUUUAUUUUUCUGAGCUCAGAGAGAAAUAAACAGAGUUACACAGCGCAGUGUAGACAGUCUGAAUUUUCCGAAGCAUUGGGCGAUAAGCACAUAUCUUUAUCGUUUCUGUUCUUGGGCGGAACUCUGUUCCGUUUUUAUCUAUACAAGGACACAGGUGCAGCUGGUUUGCAACACAGGACUAUAGUCCCAAGAACAGGAGAUGAUAAUAGGACAAUUUCACACAGUUUCACAAGGUUAGUCACAUACUCAAUUAUGUGAACACAUACAAUUUCCCAUUACAGCACACAGCCUAGACAAUGCAGGAGUGGCUUCGGGACAAGUCUCUGAAUGUCCUUGAGUUGCCCAGCUAGAGCCCAGACUUGCACCCGAUCGAACAUCUCUUCAGAGACCUGAAAAAAGCUGUGCAGCAACGUUCCCUAUCCAACCUGACAGAGCUUGAGAGGAUCUGCAGAGAAGAAUGGGAGAAAAUCCCCAAAUACAGGUGUGCCAAGCUUGUAGCGUCAUACCCAAGCAGACUCGAGGCUGUAAUCACUGCCAAACGUGCUUCAACAAAGUACUGAGUAAAGGGUCUGAAUACUUAUGUAAAUGUGAUAUUUCCUUUUUUAUAUUUUUUAUAAAUGUACAAAAAUUUCUAAAAAUCUGUUUUUGCUUUGUCAUUAUGGGGUAUUGUGUGUAGACUGAUUAGGGAAAAAUAUAUUUAAUCAAUUUUAUAAUAAGACUGUAACGUAACAAAAUGUGGAAAAAGUCAAGGGGUCUGAAUGCUUUCCGAAGGCACUGUAGAUUAUAUUUCGAGAUAUAGGUGUGGUUAACAUUGGCUGACAUAAAUGUUCAUUUUACUGUGAUCCCUGUAAUAGAAACUGAAACUUAAGUGAGAGUAAUGAAGGACACAGCCUCUAUCAGUCAACACACUUCAUCUGAACAGGGACAGCUGGCAUUUGAAAAAACAAGUCUUGACUUGAAUUAUGAGUUAAGCUAUGGGGGGUUUGAAGUUAUAAUUUUUUUGUUACAAUUACAUUUUUGCAUUUUAGAAAAUUAUAUGUUAGGAAAUUACCUCUAGGUAAGCAAUCGUUUCAUUCUUUAGUGCAUUAUCAUCACUAUUUGAGGGAAUCAUUUUGAGUGACAUUUAUGCAUAAUUUGCUUUAUUGAAAAUGCUUUCUUCUCAUUGUGUAAUACGAAUCCCUGGCAGUGCUGCAUAGGAUGCUGCAGAGGGCGCCAAACUCUUCCCGCCUGCACCACGAGAUAGCCAACAACUACCGCUGGAAGGCUAAGCAGAGCAGAGACCCCCAUGACCACACUGCUCAAACGCUGUGUUAUUCAUCUGGAGGAAAGGGCACGCCUCAAUCCCACAAACAUCUACCCACAGGUUAGGACUCACACACACACAUCUACCCACAGGUUAGAGAUACAUACAUGCAUGCUCACACACACACACACAGUGAUACACACACACAGGACAGGGAAGCUACACACACUAUUACCACUGAUUUACCAAAUCCAUUCUCCUCUCGACUCUGACCCAGGUGAUAUUCAAAUACUUUAUUCAUCACUGAGUUAUGGUAAUAAUACCGAAACAAAACAUAAUCUCCCCCUAUCCAGCUGGCUGUGAGGUACUCAGAGCUGAAGGACACCAGUAAGGCCAUGGAGAAGUUCCAGGAGCUGUGGUCCCGGUCAGACCUGAAGCCCUCCGACCGCCAGGCCUGGCACCGCAUGUAUGGGGACGUCCAGCUCUACCGCCUGGGCUCUGAGAGAACCGCUGUCAACCACUACAAGGAGGGCAUGAGGCUCUAUAACAUAUCAUCUGAAUGGAGUCAGUGUAGAAGAAGGCUGCUCAAAGUGCUGAGGGUUAACAGGGAGAGGAGAAGAGAUGACCCCUAUGAUCUUAGCGAGUUUGUUGACUCAUUCAAGAGAGGGGUUUUUAAUGGGGUGGACGCUGGGGUGUCGGCACUGACACUGGGCCACCCACAGUCAACGUCAUCUCCUUUGGGUGGUGGACCAUUCUUGAUACACACGGGAAGCUCUUGAGUGUGAAAAACCCAGCAGCGUUGCAGUUCUUAACACAAACCGGUGAGCCUGGCACCUACUACAAUACCCUGUUCAAAGGCAAUUAAAUAUUUUGUCUUGUCCAUUCACCCUCUGAAUGGCACACAUACACAACCCAUGUCUCAAUUGUCUCAAAGCUUAAAAAUCCUUAUUUUACCUGUCUCCUCCCCUUCAUCUACACUGAUUGAAGUGGAUUUAACAAGUCACAUCAAUAAGGGAUCGUACAGUGCCUUCGGAAAGUAUUCAGACCCCUUGACUUUUUCCACAUUUUGAUACGUAACAUCCUUAUUCUAAAAUUGAUUAAAACAAUAAAAAUCCUCAGCAAUCAACACAGAAUACCCCAUAAUGACAAAGUGAAAACAGAUUUUUAGAAAUAUGUGCAAAUGUAUUAAAAUUUAAAAACAAAAUAUGUGCAAAUGUAUUUUUAAAAAAUUAAAAAAAUAAACGUAUUUACAUAAGUAUUCAGACCCUUUGCCAUGAGACAUGAAAUUGAGGUCAGGUGCAUCUUAUUUCCAUUGAUCAUCCUUGAGAUGUUUCUACAACUUGAUUGGAGUCCACCUGUGUUAAAUUCAAUUGAUUGGACAUGAUUUAGAAAGGCAGACACCUGUCUAUAUAAGGUCCCACAGUUGACAAUGCAUGUCAAAGAAAAAACCAAGCCAUGAGGUCGAAGGAAGUGUCCGUAGAGCUCAGAGACAGGAUUGUGUCAAGGCACAGAUCUGGGGAAGGGUACCAAAAAAUUUCUGCAGCAUUGAAGGUCCCCAAGAACGCAGUGGCCUCCAUCAUUCUUAAAUGGAAGAAGUUUGGAACCAACAAGACUCUUCCUAGAGCUGGUUGCCCGGCCAAACUGAGCCAUCAGGGGAGAAGGGCCUUGGUCAGGGAGAUGACCAAGAACACGAUGGUCACUCUGACAGAGCUCUAGAGUUCCUCUGUGGAGAUAGGAGAACCUUCCAGAAGGACAACAAUCUCUGCAGCACUCCACCAAUCAGGCCUUUAUGGUACAGUGGCCAGACGGAAGCCACUCCUCAGUAAAACGCACAUGACAUCCCCCUUGGAGUUUGACAAAAGGCACCAAAAGACUCCCAGACCAUGAGAAACAAGAUUCUCUGGUCUGAUGAAACCAAGAUUGAACUCUUUGGCCUGAAUGCCAAGCGUCAUGUCUGGAGGAAACCUGGCACCAUCCCUACGGUGAAGCAUGGUGGUGGCAGCAUCAUGCUGUGGGGAUGUUUUCACGCGGCAAGGACUGGGAGACUAGUCAGGAGCAAGGAAAAUAUUAAUGGAGCAAAGUACAGAGAGCUCCUUGAUGAAAACCUCAGGGCCUUAGACUGGGGUGAAGGUUCACCUUCCAACAGGACAACGACCCUAAACACUGUGGUGGAUAUUAUAAAAUAAGGAUUAGCUGGAGUCCAAGUCAAAGUAAGAUUCUUUAUUUUUCUGAGCUCAGAGAGAAAUAAACAGAGUUACACAGCGCAGUGUAGACAGUCUGAAUUUUCCGAAGCAUUGGGCGAUAAGCACAUAUCUUUAUAGUUUCUGUUCUUGGGCGGAACUCUGUUCCGUUUUUAUCUAUACAAGGACACAGGUGCAGCUGGUUUGCAACACAGGAUUAUAGUCCCAAGAACAGGAGAUAAUAGGACAAUUUCACACAGUUUCACAAGGUUAGUCACAUACUCAAUUAUGUGAUACAAUACAAUUUCCCAUUACAGCACACAGCCAAGACAAUGCAGGAGUGGCUUCGGGACAAGUCUCUGAAUGUCCUUGAGUGGCCCAGCUAGAGCCCAGACUUAAACCCGAACGAACAUCUCUGGAGAGACCUGAAAAUAGCUGUGCAGUAACGCUCCCCAUCCAACCUGACAGAGCAUGAGAGGAUCUGCAGAGAAGAAUGGGAGAAAAUCCCCAAAUACAGGUGUGCCAAGCUUGUAGCAUCAUAUCCAAGCAGACUCGAGGCUGUAAUCACUGCCAAACGUUCUUCAACAAAGUACUGAGUAAAGGGUCUUGUGUGUAGAUUGAGAAGGAAAAAAAACAAUUUCAACAAUUUAAUAAUAAGACUGUAACGUAACAAAAUGUGGAAAAAGUCAAGGGUCUGAAUGCUUUCCGAAGGCACUCUAGAUUAUAGUUUGAGAUAUGGGUGUGGUUAACAUUGGCUGACAUAAAUGUUCAUUUUACUGUGAUCCCUGUAAUAGAAACUGAAACUUAACUGACAGCAAUAAAAGACACAGCCUCUAUCAGUCAACACACUUCAUCUGAACAGGGACAGCUGGCAUUUCAACAAACAAGUCUUGACUUGAAUUAUGAGGUAAGUUAUGGGAGGUUUGAGGGUAUAAUUUUUUUGUUACAAUUUCAUUUUUGUAUUUUAGAAAAUGAUAUGUUAGGAAAUUAGCCCUAGGUAAGCAAUCGUUUCAUUCUUUAGUGCAUUAUCAUCACUAUUUGAGGGAAUAAUUUUAAGUGACAUUUAUGCAUAAUUUGCUUUAUUGAAAAUGCUUUCUUCUCAUUGCGUAAUACAUUUAUUUGCUAUGAACUUUAAAGGCCCAGUGCAGUCAAACUGUACUUUUUCUUGUGUUUUAUUUCAUAUUGUACAACAGCUGAUGAAACAAAACUGCAUAAGUGUGAAAACAUUUGAUCAGUGUUAUUUCCUGAUAGUUGCUGGUAGAAAGAUACAAUCUAUACAGGACAUUCUAAUCAGCAGGUUUUCAUGGGCGGGAGUUUUGGCGCUAAAUUUGGUAAUAGACCAAUAAGAACAAGUGUUCCAAACUUCUCUGCCAAUAACAUCUAGUUUUCAGUUUCCCUCUCCCCACUCAGACCUCUCCAAGACAGUCCUAGCAAAGUUAUUGCUUGAGAAUUCUUUUUUUUUGCCUAAAUGGUUUUAGCUGCCCAUUUUAAUGGAAAUCUAUUAAAGUAAGGAACUUCAUUGUUACCCUUAAAUGAUUUGAUAUUGAUAUAAAAACAGCUAAAUUACUGUUGUGUUUAAAUGGUCUCUAAAUCAUUCUCAGUGACAGUGAGAAAACCCUUGAAAAGAACCUAAAGAAACUGCAAUGUCACUUCACCUGGGAGCUAAACAAGGAACAAGCUGACCUCAACCUCCUGGAGAUAAAACUACAUGAAACCCUGGAGGUAGUUCAGGAGGGCUAUGAAGGCAAUCUGAAGAGGCACAGUUUAAACCUGCUGGCUUAUAUUAAACACCUGAAAGGUGAAGAUGAGGGAGCACUGGAAUGCUUAGAGAAGGCAGAGAGGGAAAACGCUCAUGGCGAGAGGCUGUGUGUAGUGACGUAUGGAAACCUGGCCUGGGUCUGCCAUCACAUUGGAGAUGACAUAAGAGCAGAAGGGUAUAUUCAGAAGCUGGAGGAGGUACACAAGGCCUCUGCCACAGCAUCCACCUCUGUACUGCAGGCCAGUGCCACAGCCUCAACCUCUGUCCUGCUUGUUCCCAGAGAGCUCCACAGUGAGAAGGCCUGGUCCCUCCUCAAGUUCUCAAAGCACCACUACACAAGGUAUCUAGAUUAAUUAUUUCUCAUGUAUAUUGUAAUAAAAGGCUGACUGCUGACUGUUGGCUUCAUGUACUGUUUAGUCUGAUUUCAUUUUUGGAAAUCAAUAACAUCUCCUCUCCUUUCUGUCCAUUUUCCUCCCCUCUCCCUCAUCUACCCUCCCCUCCUCUCCUGUUCUCUCCUCCCCUCUUCUCUCCCCUCGCUCCUCUCCUCUCUUCUCUUCCCUUCUCCUCUCCUUAGAGCCAAGGAGUGCUUUCAGGAGGCUCUGCAGAUGGAGCCUGAAGAUAAGGAGUGGAACUCAGGUUUUGCCUUCUCUCUGUUCCGCCUGGAGGGCCUGGUGACUAGGGAGGGUCAGAGGCUCUCCUAUGAGGACUCCCUUGCUGUUAAACAGCUGAAGAAUGCCCUGGAGCUCAACCCAGACAGCGCCAUGACCAGGGUCUACCUGGGCCUGAAGUGCUACAAGAACCGGAGGAACGCAGAGGCCUGGGGCUAUAUGAGGAAGGCUCUGAGUCUGGCACCCUACGACCUCAGUGUGGUACUACAGGUGGGGAGAGAUGUUUAGACUAAAAAGCAUUGUGAUGCUCUAAGACUACGUCACAUAAUUGUGCCACUAGAGAUCCUGGUUCGAAUCCAGGCUGUCGUAGCCGGCCGCGACCGGGAGACACAUGGGGCGGCGCACAAUUGGCCCAGCGUCGUCUAGGGUAGGGGAGGGAAUGGCCGGCAGGGAUGUAGCUCAGUUGGUAGAGCAUGGCGUUUGCAACGCCAGGGUUGUGGGUUCGAUUCCCACGGGGGGCCAGUAUGAAAAAUACAAAAAAUAAAAUAAUGUAUGCACUCACUAACUGUAAGUCGCUCUGGAUAAGAGCGUCUGCUAAAUGACUAAAAUGUAAAUGUAAUAAUUCUGUGAUGUCUUGGACCUAUAGGUAUUUUGGAUUUAGAAUGCACAGUUUCUGUCUGUACAUGACUGUCCAGGGUCAUGUGUACUAGUAGGGCAUGCACAAAGUGUUAUGCCUCCUGUUUCACUCCAUUUAAAAUGGGUUUCUCCUGUUUUCUGCUUUCUGAACACCUGUCCUAGGUGGGGAGAUUCAUGAAAAAGGAGGAGAGUUAUGAUGAAUCCCUGGCAGUGCUGCGUAGGAUGCUGCAGAGGGCGCCAAACUCUUCCCGCCUGCACCACGAGAUAGCCAACAACUACCGCUGGAAGGCUAAGCAGAGUGGAGACCCCCACGACCAAACACUGCUCAAACGCUGUGUUAUCCAUCUGGAGGAGGGGGCACGCCUCAAUCCUACACACAUCUACCCACAGGUUAGGACUCACACACACACAUCUACCCACAGGUUAGAGAUACAUACAUGCAUGCGCACACACACACACAGUGAUACACACACACUGAUUUACCAAAUCCAUUCUCCUCUCGACUCUAACCCAGGUGAUAUCCAAAUACUUUAUUCAUCACUGAGUUAUGGUAAUAAUACCGAAACAAAACAUAAUCUCCCCCUAUCCCCCAGCUGGAGCUGGCUGUGAGGUACUCAGAGCUGAAGGACACCAGUAAGGCCAUGGAGAAGUUCCAGGAGCUGUGGUCCCGGUCAGACCUGAAGCCCUCCGACCGCCAGGCCUGGCACCGCAUGUAUGGGGACGUCCAGCUCUACCGCCUGGGCUCUGAGAGAACCGCUGUCAACCACUACAAGGAGGGCAUGAGGCUCUAUAACAUAUCAUCUGAAUGGAGUCAGUGUAGAAGAAGGCUGCUCAAAGUGCUGAGGGUUAACAGGGAGAGGAGAAGAGAUGACCCUUAUGAUAUUAGAGAGUUUGUUGACUCAUUCAAGAUAGGGGUUUUUAAUGUGGAGGACGCUGGGGUGACGGCACUGACACUGGGCCCCCCAUAGUCGACUUCAUCAUGAGUAGCCUUCCGCUGUGGGUCUACCAUCAACAGCUCUU